AACAUCUGGAAACGAUCAAAGGAGCAACUCUUUGACAGCCGUACGAUCAAAACUCAUUUGACACAUCUCAGUUUCUCACUGACUUCCUCUCAGUCAUCAGCUUUCUCCUUCUCUUUCUUCAGAUCUCUGCUUCUUCUCCUCGGUUUCAAUGUCGCUCCAUCUUCUUCUCCUUCUUCUGCUACUAUCCCUUGGAGCACCUUCGCUGCUCCAAGCGUCGGUGCAUGACUACCGUAGCGAGAGAUUCAUGUCCAAAGGCAACGCCUUUGUCUUCCACGGCGGCAGUGAAGGCAUCUACUCCUCUUCUCCCUCCGACAACUUCUCCUCCGACUCUGAUUCUCUCUCCUCCUUUAUACGUUUUGAGAAGAUCACAUUCCGGAGACCCGAGGAAGCUUCCAACACCUCUUCAUUACCUAUCCACGCCGUCCUUUUCGAGGUAGAAGACAGGGAGAACAUCGGAGGAUCAGCUUACGGUGGGCAGAGAGCUGUCUGCUGCACAUCUGAUCUCGCCAAACUCGGUGUUUGCUCACACGGAGAGAUCAUCCACCAUCCUUCUUCUAAAGACUCCUCCUGGCCUCAAGUCUUCGGUGUUUCCUUUGUUGAGAAUGAUUUGUCUGCUACGCUGCUUACAAGAUCGAUUCAGAUCACUAGGACAGGAAUGUAUAACCUCUACUUCAUCCACUGUGAUCCUGCUCUCAAGGACUUGGUCGUUGAAGGCAAAACCAUCUGGAAAAACCCUGGAGGAUACUUACCAGGUAGAAUGGCGCCGCUGAUGUACUUCUACGGGUUCAUGUCUCUCGCCUUUGUGCUCCUCGGAGUCUUCUGGUUCUCCCAGUGCGCGAGGUUCUGGAGAGAAGUGCUUCCCUUGCAGAAUUGUGUAACUUUAGUGAUAACGUUAGGGAUGUGCGAGAUGGCGCUUUGGUACUUCGACUACGCUGAGUUCAACGAGACUGGUGUUAGACCAACGGUGAUCACCGUAUGGGCAGUCACGUUUGGGUCUAUCAAACGCACGUGCGCACGUGUCAUCAUCCUUAUGGUUUCGAUGGGGUACGGUGUCGUGAGGCCUACGCUUGGUGGGUUUACAUCGAAGGUGAUCAUGCUUGGUGUCACUUUCUUCGCUGCUUCCGAGACUCUUGAGCUGUUGGAGAAUGUUGGUGCGGUUAGUGACUUCUCAGGGAAAGCGAGACUGUUUUUGGUUCUCCCCGUUGCGGUGUUGGAUGCUUUCUUCAUCAUAUGGAUAUUCAAGUCGCUUUCGGCUACUUUCAAGAAGCUUCAGACGAGGAGGCUGUUGGUGAAGUUGGAUGUGUACAGGAAGUUCACUAACGCUUUGGCUGUAGCUAUCUUGGUUUCCGUUGGUUGGAUUUGCUACGAGCUUUACUUUAAGUCUAAAGAUGUUUACAAUGAGCAUUGGCAAAACGCUUGGAUCAUUCCAGCCUUUUGGCAGCUUCUCUCCUUCUCGCUCCUGAUUGUUAUCUGCUCUCUCUGGGCUCCAUCUCAGAACUCGACUAGGUAUGCAUUCUCUGGAUCUUCUGGUGAUUCGAGCGGGGAGUUUGAGAAGGAUGAUUACACACUGACCCUCAUUAAACCAUCUCCGGUUCCUUCUCAUGAAGCCAAGAGCGUCUCAGAAGCUAGAUCUUUGCCUGACCAAGAAGAUGCAGAAGAAGAUUUGGAGGAAGACAAAAGAGAGUGAAGUAGUGAAGACACAAUAGUUACAAUAGAUCUUCCUCUACUUUGACACUUCUUUCUCUCUUUAUAGACAUCUCAAAGUUUUAUUAUAUGUAUUUCUUGUAGGUCACGUGAGUUUUAGUUUUGUACAAUACUAAGGUCAAGAGACCAACCAAAGCAGCCUUUGUCUUCGGUGUUUUAUAGUGCUUUAGUUUGUGUACCCAUGUUUUUGUUACCAUAUGUAAUGUUGAAAUUUCAUUUUCCUAA